AUGUCAACACCAGCAAAGAGACGACUACUAAAAGAUUUUAAUGAAAUCCAGAAAGUGAACUGUAUUGGAAUAUUCGCACAGCCUCUAGAAGAAGAUCUACUGACGUGGACAGCAAUCAUUUUGGGACCAGACAACACACCAUUUGAAAAUGGAACUUUUUCUUUGGUACUUACAUUUGACGAAGGAUAUCCCCAGCAUCCUCCAGAAGUCACAUUCGUAUCUGAAAUGUUCCACCCAAAUAUUUACCCAAACGGAGAUCUGUGCCUUGACAUACUGAAGAGUAGAUGGUCGCCGUCAUACGAUGUGCAAGGAAUUCUGCUGAGCAUCCAAAGCCUGCUAAACGAUCCAAACACAAAAUCACCAGCCAAUCCAGAGGCUGCCAAGCUUUUUCAAGAAAGUUUGGAAGAGUACAAAAAGAGAGUCAAGGCAUGUGUGGAAGGCAGCUGGACAGAUAUUGAUAGACUUGUAAAGAGCAUAGAGGAAUAG